CAUGGAUGUGUUUCGUGCACUGUUUUGUUAGGAAUGGAGAAUUAUCUACUGUGCAACGAGUACGCCCGUUCGUCAACGUCAAGGGCCUCUGUUUCACUUCUCUUCUUUCCAAGAUCGCAGUGAAACGGAGAUAAAAAUGCUGGCCGCCGGAGCGAAGCAGCUGGAAUAUAAAUGUUCGGGAAUAAUGGGGUUUUGUGGAUUACCAACGAUAGUCUGUCGUGUAAAGGUUCUGCGAGGUGGAAAUGUCGGGGUGUUCGAUUUGGCAAUUUGAUUAUCCGUAUCCAGAAAGGAACGGUCAGCAUGCUGCAGGAGAAAAUUCCUUAAUGAAGAAAAUUGGUGCUAGGGUACGACGUUGAGAGUGUUCAUCUCGGACCGAUUAAUUAAGUAUGGAGGAAAUCCGUGGUUCACAACCGGUAAGACGGCUGUCACAAAUAUUGGACCCGAUCGCAAGACUGGCAUCAGACUUUGGCUCGAAUUCGGCGCCAUGUAGCCCGCGUCUUGGGGCCCGACACGACUGCAGCUCGCAAUCGUCGGUCGAUAAUAAUCGAGGUGCCGCCAGCGGAGCCGAAAGUCCCCGAUUACUGCCGCGACGCACCCGGCAAGGCCCAACGCCCCCGCCGAGGCCGCAAAACAGCCCUGUUCACUUGAGAGAUUCGCCCUACGUCAACGUUCCAAGCUUGCUGUUCAAAAAGGACAAGAAAUUUGCGGACACCGCCAAGACCGCGGGGUAUGUCGAGCUGAAGGACAAGUCGAAGAGUAAUCCGCUGUAUAACUUGACUUCGGAGUCGAGCGGCUACGUCGAGUAUACCGAUAAACGUACCUUCGGGGCUCAAACCGAUUUCGGGCCGACAAGUUUUGAAAACAAGGCCCACGAGAUACAAAACUUGAACAGAGGUCGCUCGCCCUUUGACUCCGGGCCCUCGAGACACUUCGAAAGGACCUACUCUUUUUCCGGACGAUCCGAAACCGGGGCGGCCCACCUGCAAGCGACGGCUGCGCCGCGGCUCCACUUCGCCGCGGAGAAUCGUCUGUUUGCUGAACGCGCGGAGCCGAAGAAAGAUAAACCAGAAGCGAGGCCUGGUUACGGGGCCUCGAAGAGCUUCGAUGGGUACACCAGCGCAGCGGAGGAGCUUAACUGGCAGGAGAGAUGCCUCGAGCUGCAGCUCGAACUUCACCGGAGCAGGAGCCAGGCAACCAGAGUGCGGGACAUGCUCAGGGACAAGCUUUCGGAACUUGAACAGAGGGUGCUCGAGGCAGAGGGUAGAGCGGACGAAGCGGAAGACAAGGUACGGAUGAUGGAGGAACGGCUGGUGAAGGGUGAAUACUGCUUAAGUACUUCCAGUGUCAGUUCGCCAACACAUUCGGUUCCAUCAACGUCGGGUAUUCAGAGUGAAAAGAUAGACGAUACGCACUGUGCCUGUAUAACGAAGCUAGAGACACAAGUUGAAGAGCAGAGACAAUUACGACUACAAGACGCCCGACAGGUCGAGGCUAAGGCUGCUAGAAUAAAGGAAUGGGUAACGAAUAAGUUGCGUGAAUUGGAGCAGCAAAACCAACAUUUAAGAGAGCAAAAUAACAAGUGUAAUCAGCAACUCGAGCUACUACGGAAUCACAUAACAAACAUCGGAUUACGGCCACCCGCACCAACAAGAGCAUCGUUAUCAUUGGAAGUAGACCCUACGCUGCGCCGGCGUUCUGAAAGCUUAGACACUACUCCGCACGCUAUUCAAGAAACUAUACAGAACUCUAUUGCUGAGCCUCAAACCAGCACAAGACAUAGACGACAUUUAUCAGCUUGUGGUACAAUUCAGCAGGGAAGCACAGCUGUCGAUAUGGAUUCCAGCAUACUAUCUGAAGAGUUGGCUGCUGCUGUGGAGAAUCUAGUUAUGCUACCGAAUAUUCCUGGUGUCUUGGAAACUAAUAGAGAUAGUACUGGCUCCGAGGCAGUACAUGACUAUGCUGAAAUCUAUACCCCUAGUAGGGAAGGCGUCAAUUGGAGUCAGGCUGGCCAAGGUCCCCGACCGCCCACACCGCCAUUGCAUAGAUUUCCUAGUUGGGAGGCGAAAAUUUACCAGGUUGCCGACGGUGGCUUAGGCAUCGGACCUCCUGCUAAUGAGGAAUCAGCUCCUUCAACAACUACAAACACCACUAGUUCAUCUAAGCAUUCUCAUGCAACUGGACACAAUCUGACUGCUCACAACUCACAGGGCUAUUGUGAUAUCUCUGUACCUGUCUAUGCUACUGUCAAAGGUAGAGCCAGUCAGAUACGAUCUAUGCCAUUUGGGGAUAGUUCAGAUGACAGUUCAGAGGGAGAGGAACAUCCCAAUCAAACGGAAACCAAUACUAGAAUAACCAAUAGUUCUUCGGAUAACACAGAUUCAUCUCUAGGAAGUGGCAGUAGCCCUUCUAAGAGCGUGAAAACUACAAGUAGCUUGAGCCCAGCUAAACGAAGUUCCAGUGGCUCUCCUAGCAAAAGCGUUAAGCGCGAUACCUCCCUGGAAUCAGGGCUUUCUGAAGAUUAUGCCAUACCUCCUGAUGCUCUGAGUUCAACAUCUCUAGAAUCUAGUAUGCCGAGUUUACUAAUCAGGGCAUCUGGAGAAAGUCCAAAACGACUCGAAUCAUUGGAAAAAACUGGGCACCUUGCAAAACUAGGAGGGAAACUGAAGACAUGGAGAAAACGAUGGUUUGUUCUUAAGAAUGGGGUGCUCACUUAUUGGAAGAGCCAAAAUGACGCGAAUCGAAAACCACAAGGGCAAAUAAUUCUUGACGAGGUCUGCAGGAUAAACCGAGCAGAAGGAGCAGCUACAUUCGAAAUUGCUACAGACAAAAAAACGUAUUACCUGACCGCUGAUUGCAUAGCAACAAUGGAAGAUUGGAUAAGGGUUUUACAAAAUGUUCAAAGACGUAAUGCGACAAAGUUAUUGCUGAGUAAAGAGGAUAACAAACCAACAAUCCAAGGCUGGUUGACAAAAGUAAAAAAUGGUCACGCGAAAAAGUGUUGGUGCGUUCUUAUUGGAAAAAUGUUCCUGUAUUUCAAAUGUCCCAGUGAUACGAAUCCUAUUGGACAAAUAAAUAUGAGGGAUGCUCGUGUGGAAGAAGUGGAACAUGUGUCCGACAGCGACAGUGAGGAAAGAGAUACAGAAUGCCCGCAUGAGAGAACAAUUGGCAUUUUUCCUACUCAUCAGGGUCCGACUUAUCUUUUAAUAUCUCAUAAACACGAGAAGGACAAUUGGCUCUAUCAUUUAACUGUUGUAUCGGGAGGCGGACCUAGUGCUGGCACACAGUACGAGCAAUUGGUUCAAAGAUUAAUGGAAACUGACGGCGAUCCCACCUGUGUACUAUGGCGCCAUCCACUCUUACUUCAUACGAAGGAAAAUAUCGCAAGCCCCUUGACAAGUCUUACAUCAGAAUCUUUGCAGAUGGAAGCUAUCAAAUUGUUUAAGGCUUGCCAACUUUUUAUGUCAGUGGCUGUGGAACAAGCUGGAAUCGAUUAUCACGUUGUUUUAGCACAAAAUGCGUUACAGCAGUGUUUGGAUCAACCAGAGCUACAGUCAGAAUUCGUUAGUGCUUUGGUAAAGCAGACCAGCCGUCACACUCAACAGCGCUUGGGCGUUCAGGUAAAGAAGGCUGGCAGCCGUGUGUCACUGGGUACUGCGCGCGUUCAACUCCUCCUCUGCGCCACACAAUCGCUGUUCACCUGCGAUACGCAAAGUCCCACAGCCAGUGGUGGCAGUGAAAACGCAGACGCCCAAUCGACGGCCUCAACUUCUCACAGUCCUCCGCUCACACAGGCCCAUUCGACACCAACAAUAUUGGAUUGUAAGACAAAUCCUGCCCAGUACGUGCUUGUCCAAGGAUGGCAACUCUUAGCACUUGCUGUAUCACUUUUCCUACCACGCAACAACCGGCUCCUCUGGUAUUUGAAGCUACACCUCAACAGAAAUGCAGAUUCCAAAACUGAAUGUGGCAAAUAUGCAGCAUACUGUGAAAGAGCAUUGGAAAGAACGUUGCAAAAUGGGGGUAGGGAGGUUAAACCGUCUAGGAUGGAAGUGUUGUCAAUUUUAUUAAAAAACCCAUAUCAUCACUCCUUGCCGCAUGCAAUUCCGGUUCAUUUUUUGAAUGGGACUUAUCAAGUUGUUAGUUUUGACGGCAGUACAACCAUCGAAGAGUUUUUAAAUACAUUAAAUCAAGAAAUUGGCUGCCGAGACGUUCAUCAAUCUGGAUUCACUCUUUUCAGUGAUGAUCCAAUUGAAAAAGAUUUAGAGCACUUCAUCGAUCUGCAAGCUAAGCUCUGCGAUAUUAUAUCCAAAUGGGAAACAGCAUUGAGGGAAAAAGGUUCUGGAAAAUUUGAAAAUACAAGAGUGAUACAAUUAACUUAUAAAUCCAGAUGCUACUGGAAACAUGCUGUAAAAAUGGAAACUGAUAGAGAAAGACUGUUACUUUGCUAUCAAAUCAAUCAACAAGUUGUACAGGGCAAGUUUCCUGUCAAUCGAGAACUCGCCUUUGAACUUGCCUCUCUCAUGGCGCAGAUCGAUUUCGGGGAGUACAGUAACGAGAAGACACGCGGUAGCAGCGGACCUGGAAACAAUGCUCACUAUCACGUUUUGCAGGCUCUCGACAAAUUUUACCCAAUCCGGUAUCGGGCUAAUAUCACUUCUGAUCAGCUAAGGGAACUACAAGAAAAGCUGCAAGAAAAGUGGAUUUCCCUGAGAGGUCGCAGCAUCCUGGAUUGUGUCAGAAUAUAUUUAACUUGUACCAGAAAAUGGCCCUUCUUUGGCGCCACUCUAUAUCAAGCUAAGUUGAAACAAGUUGAGCCAGCAACCGUUUGGAUCGCAGUUUCCGAGGACAGUGUUACGUUACUAGAGCUACAAACUAUGGCAGUAUUGUGCCGAUACAACUAUGCAAAUAUUAUUACAUUUGGUGGCUGCUUGGACGACUUCAUGCUAGUUGCAUGCCCAGAUGAAGGAGCUGCCGAACAGAAGCUUCUAUUUGCCCUUAAUAAACCCAAGAUCCUCGAAAUAACGUUGUUAAUUGCCGACUACAUGAAUGCCCUUGGUCACGCGUUACCUGGAACACCUCAGAUGAAUACCCUGACACGUAAUGGUUCACAUCGGUCUAUAAAGUCUACCUUAAGACCUGCAACUGGUUCAAGCUGUCUUCCAACACAACCGGACAUACUGAAGUCAACUCCAGACCACCAAAGACCCUAAAAAGACUGUAUGCUAUACUCUAUUUUCAAGUAAAAAAGUUACCGUAACAUGUCGCUGAGUAUAAUAGAAAAGUGUCGAGUUCUAUUAUGGCGCUAUACCUCAAUUAGAAGUAAUUGGUCUCAUAUAUGUUUACCAAUCAAUUGUUGCAUGAGAAGCAUGCAAGACUCGGUAAACAAAAUUUUUCCCCAUCCAAUACAGCAGCUGUAUCUACAAUGUGUAUUAUAUGUAUACGUGCGACUACCAUUUUGAUUUAUCAACAAUUAAAAAUUUGUGUUGGAUAUAGAAAUAGCUUUUUUAAUACAAAUUCAACAUCAUGUGCCAUUUUUCACAGUACUUUUCUGUCAGUGAUCGACACAUGUGAAUGAAAUUGGCAUUGAGGUCAUAUCGCAUUUCUUUACAAUAACAAUGAAUAUAAUUUACAUUUUACCACAGUGCGCAAUAUAAAUAUAACGAUGAAUUUGUCGAACACUGCCUAAUAUUUAAAUUUGAUGAAAUAGUUCUGUAUGAAUGUCAGUAAUUUGCUGGAAUUUGGAAAUUUUGCUACACAUUUAUAUACCAAAUUUUAAUGUAAGGGAAACUAUGAUGUAUGUAUAUUGUGUAAUUUUAAAGAUCAUAGUGAUCAUGUCAUUUGUACAUAGAGGCGAUAGUAUAAUAGAUAUUGAAUAAGUGUGAAAGUCCAUGUGAAACCAACAGAUACUUUUCCUAACUUUCUUUGAUCAUAUUGUAAGUUGAUGCUCAUCGAAUCAUAGUAGUAAAAAUUCACUUACAAUCUUUCCUGAUAUUUCCUCGUUGCUGUUUAGUUAUAUUGUACGGUGCAGAAAAUUUGGUUAAAAUCUUGUUUAUCCAUCCAUAUGUCUUCUGUUAUCCGUAGAAAAUUCAACAUAUUGUACUAUGGCUGGUAGCUAUUCACAAUUUCAAUUUCGAGUCUGUUUUUAUAGCAGAAGUAAUUUUUUUGCUGCAUUAUUUAUGAAAUAGUCACUUGGGAAACCCAUCUUUUUACAACGGUGUUGUAUACUGUCUAAAUGACAUAACAUGUUUGUUAAUAGUGAGUUGCAAUUUUCCAAUGAGAUUAUAGAAACAUUGUCGAGUUGGACCAAGAAACCGGUUUUUUUUUCCAUUUAAUGUGGAUUUGAGUGGUUAUUUAGUGAAAUUAGGUUUCAAGUUGAAAAGCAUCUGCAGGAAAUAAGGCAAGAACAAUGUUCUAAUUUCGUAUCGACCUCUCGAUGUAAGUACUGUAACAAUUGGAUGAAAGAAAAAAGUGAAGCAAUCCAACUUUCAUCUGCAUAUAGGCAAUACAGGGCGCCGACAUCAUGUGUAGAACCCAUACUACAUACCAUCAACAUUAGCAACUGAAGAAAAGUUGGCAUCAACAAUUGAAACUCUUGAGCUACACAGAAUGAAGUAAAUGAAAUUACCUUGAAUGAAAUAAUAAAGUGUGAAUAAUUAUCAAAUCUAAUGCAGUAAUGUUUAAUAAUUACAAUUGAUUUAGAAUAAAGCUGAGAAUAUUU